GUUGAGGCGUUGACCAGAUAAGCCCAUGAGAGAAAACAGGCCUCCUCUCUUAAACCCUUCUCAGCCUUCAACCUUUCUCCGUUUACUCGGUUGCAGCAUAUCUCUUGUUCGCGGGGUUUUUCUCUAUCCUCUCCUCGAUCGAACUCUGCACUGUCAAGAUGUUUACUGCUUCGAGGAAGAUUCAAAAAGAAAGGGGUGUUGACCCAACUGACCUUGAGGAGAAUCUUGCUCAGGCAAUAUUUGACCUUGAGACCAACAACAAGGAUAUGGGAAAUGAAUUGAAGGAUCUGUUUAUUAACUCUGCUGCUCAAGUUGACAUUUCGAACAACAAGAAGGCUAUUGUUGUCCAUGUUCCAUACAGAUUGAGAAAAGCUUUCCGCAAAAUUCACAUCCGGUUGGUCAGGGAGCUAGAGAAGAAGUUUAGUGGCAAGGAUGUUGUCUUCAUUGCCACCAGAAGAAUUGUGAGGCCCCCAAAGAAGGGUUCCGCAGCCAAGCGUCCCAGAUCCCGUACCCUCACCUCAGUACACGAGAACAUUCUUGAGGAUCUUGUGCAGCCUGCUGAGAUCGUUGGCAAACGUUGCAGAUAUCGUCUCGAUGGCUCUAAGAUCAUGAAGGUGUACUUGGAUCCCAAAGCCAAGAAUGAAACUGAAUACAAGCUGGGGACAUUCUCUGGUGUCUACAGGAAGCUUUGUGGAAAGGAUGUAGUUUUUGAAUACCCUGCCAAUCUGCCAUAGAUGCUUAAGUUUCGAUGUUCUACCUUAUCACAAUUAUGAGAAUUUCUUUUCUAUCAAAUAUUUUAAGUUUUUUGGAGUGCUACUAAUAGAAAAUUGCAAUUAAGCUAA